AUGAGAAGAAGUUCUGUGCGAGAUGUUGGAUUGAUAUUCGAUGAGGAGUUCAACAAGAAGAUGAGAAUUGCGAAUUUUUUUGUGAAGAAUCUGGAGGACCAGAAAGACACAGAAAGGGCGAAGUACUGGCUGAGGCGACUGGGAAAUAUAAAAUCCUCGAACUUGGAAGUGAAGAAGAGUAGAAACGUAUUUCUGACGUAUUUCAUAAGAGUCCUGAGGGAUGGAGUGCUUCCAGGGUGUGCCGACGGUCGAUCAGACACUGUUUGUGACCCUGACGACUCCCUGAAAUUCCUGCAUAACCCGGAUUAUUUAUCAGAGGCGUCAGAAGAAACUGCGGAUGAAGAGCCUCCCCCGAGGAAAGUAAUACAGUUCCAAUCGAAGUGGUCGAAGGACCACAGGACUUACGUGGCAGUGAAACCUAUUCCUGGGAGAGGUGCUCUAGUAUUCAUGGCAGUGUCCAAACGUCCUGGCCUCGAUAACUGGGAUUUGCCACCUCUCAUGAAAUCCCAGAUGAAGAGAUGA